CAAAGGCAAAUUCACAUAAGUUACGUAGAUCGAACUUUGUUUUAGAAACAUUUUUGUAAGUGUAUCCAUCAGUGUCAUCUCCAAUUGUGAACGAUAUAAAUUGUCAUCACUACGUGCAUUUAGUAAACUGUUAUACAAAGCAAAAACAACUUAAAAGAAAAACAUCAAAAAAUAAAUAGAUUCGAUUAAUUUAUUAAUACAAAAUAAAUUGAGUCAUAAAACGAAAAGAUAAAUUGAUAAGAAAUAGAAGAAUAUCAACAAAGUAAUGUCUAAAGAAGUUCAGCCACCAUCUUAUGAAGAAGCUAUGUUUGCCCCCACUGAGGCACCUCAAGUUGACUUUAAAUAUCCCAAUCCAAAUGUUGGUGUUACCCAAACAUCAACACCAUAUGUACCGCCACAAACACAGGCUUAUGCUCAAAAUGUGCCAAUACACGGAACUCCUAGUGCACCUCCACAACCUGCCCAUGUUGGCUUUCAGCAGGUACCAUCAUAUGGUGCAUUUGAAACUACUCCAGUGAAUGUUGUCAUACAGCCAGCUGCAACAGUGCCACGUGAAAUCAUUGUAAUUGGUGGUUGUCCAGCUUGUCGUAUUGGUAUUUUGGAAGAUUCGUAUCCUUGCAUUGGUUUGUUUUGUGCAAUUUUAUUCUUUCCUGUGGGCAUUUUGUGCUGUUUAGCUAUGAAGAAUAAACGUUGUUCCAAUUGUGGUACAGAAUUUUAAAUACGAAUGGAAAAAUGGGUGGAUGGUUAGCUGAUUAAAUAUUUACACAAGCUUUAAUAGUAGGCGUGUAACUGCAAAGAUGUCUAUGUGUUGAUAGGCUUUCUAAAAGCCUUUAAUAAUUAUUAUUUUUUAAUAUUAUUGUAAUGAACGUAUUUAAUAUAAGUUUUAUAUUUUAUUGCA